CCAGCGGUUGUCAAGGGACGGUUUAGUUUACGGAAGAUUUUUUAUUUCCAUCUACACUUACCGAAAACGCGUUUUGCCGACCAGUGUCCUCAUUAACGUGUUUUAUGGUUAAUAUGGAAACAUUUUGACGGUUAAAGCUGCCUCCCGUCGCGACAAACAACCGACUGCUUGUGUGUGUGUGUGUGUGUGUUUUCUUUUUUUAGAUAAAUAUAAGCUCUGUGGGAUGCUAACUUCAUCACCAACAUGGCACAAGUUCCCCCUCCAGGAUCAGUCGUAGUAACUGACUGGCAUCGAUGUAAAGACAGCAAGGAGUAUUUCAGCAAAAUCCUACAUAAGAAAAGACGGAAGAAUUUUGGCCUCUUGGAGUCUCCAGUGAUGCCCCCGUCUGUAGCUGUGGACACGGUUCAUUAUAAGAUCUUCAUCUCUGGGAAGAGCGGAGUCGGGAAGACUGCCCUCGCUGCUCAUCUCGCUGGUUUGAGUAUUCCUAACAUGCACCAUGAAACCACAGGCAUUGAGACCACAGUGGUGUACUGGCCAGUGAAGCUGAGAGAAAGUGGCAGAGUGCUUUUCUUCCGUCUGCAGCUGUGGGACUGUGGGGAGAACGCCUUACGGAGAUUUGACCAUUUGCUUCCAUCUUGUAAAGAGCAGCUGGAUGCCGUCCUCUUCCUGUUCUCGUUCACAGACCGAACAUCCUUUGAUGAUCUGUCAAAUCAAAUAUCUAAAUGGACUGAGUCAUCUGUUGGUCGGGUUGUGAAAGUGGUGGUUGGCACCAAAUUUGACCUUUUCAUGCACUGUGACGUGUCAGAGAGAGACGUGAGGGACUUCCAGGAGACGUGGAGCUUACCGGUGCUGCGUACAGGCGGGGAGGUAAGCGAUGGGCUCGGUGACGUAGCCCCUUUCCUCAACUGCCUUGCAGAGAACCUGUGGCACCAAGACUGUCUUACAGCCGGAUCAGCCGACUUCCAGCAGGACACUGUGACUGUACUUUAACACUGAACGUUAGUUUAAGAAAGUGGACCGGGCGUCACUGCUGCUGUGGGCCAGAUGAUAAAAAUCACAGGCUUCUCAGGGCUGAGCUCUGUUCUGAAAUGUCUGAAGUUCUCCCAUAAGGAAUGUGUUACGUUUUACCUCAUCACUGAAUCACAUGGACUGCCUUUUUCCUACCAUUUUUGGUUCCUUUUGUUAUCAUUAGAAGACACAAACACUAAGAAAUUAAAGUAUUUUUCCCAGUGUUUCACAGUAAGCAGGUGAAGUUGCCUUGUUAUAUUCUUGGAAAGUCUUUUUUUUCCUAUUAAUUGGAAAUUAAUGAGAACAUAGGUCACACUGCUUAAAAUAAGUCAGUAUUUUAAUUUCAAAAAUAAUCAUUUCCACCAUUAAAUACACAUAUCGUAGUUGCUGUGUUUGUUCAUUGUGAUAAAGUUGGUGAAUAUUUGAACAUUGCUAUGAGAGCGUCUUCAUCAAAAACGGUAAACAAAAUGCAGUGAUGUGAAAAUAGCCCCUGAACAAGUUAACUCAUGUUUCCACUGUGAGACUGUGCAAUUUAAAAAAAAAAAAAAGCAAAAUUUUAUCUUUAAAAAUCAGUCAAGUACUGAUCACUGUUUAGAUGACAGCACCUUCAUCCACGUCUCUUUGUCUGACCUGCAAUUACAUAUCAAACAAAAUACAGGAACUGGAUCAGCCAAGGGGGUUUUCUCAGGAGCCAUUGGGAGCUUACCUCUGCUCUUACCUUGUCUGUGCAACAACUAUCAUUGCAUACGGAUUUCCUGUUUGGCUCUGAGCAAGAUGCAGCAGAAAGGACUCUGGGGGUAAACUGAGAACUUCAGUCUUCAGAUGCUCAACGGUCACAUAUUCAGGGAAUUCAGCGUGAUCCAAAACCAUGAACCGUUGAUCCCUGGACAUUGUGCAGAGAGAAAAAAAAACAAAAAAACAAAACAGACAAAUAGCAAGAAGUAAAAAACCAAACAAAAAAGAAUUUAGUGCAUUUACAAACUGAAAUUAUCUGGCAUGGAAAAUUAAGAUCAGCUAAAUUAUUUGUUUCACGUCACAAUUUGUUGUUAGAAGCACUUGCAUUGCUUUUAAUCUAUUUUUUAAUGAGGGUCUAAUGUACUUUUCAGAGGAGAUGAUCAAAAGGUCAUUAAAGAGGUGGACAUGGAUGCCGAUGAACGACAUUCUUGAGUUUUCCAUAGUCAGCUGUUUCAUGGGUCCUUGGUGAACCAGAAACCGGCUGCUUACGACCACAGGAACUGCCUGCGUGGAGCAAGAACAAGCUCUAUUAGAAUGCUUUUUGGAGGUUAAACAAGUAAUAAAAGGUCAAAAGGUCCUCACCUUAACUUUGUCAAAAUCCAGCAGCAUCUCCAGGCAGACCAGCUCCUCAAUUUGUUUCAUUUUUUUGACCCCUUUGUCACAAUUUGUCACGAUCUGGUCAGAGGCAAACAGUGAUGGAAGAAGUACUCAGAGCUGUCACUUAAGUAAAAUUAGCAAUACUGAACCCUAGAAAUACUCCAUUACAAGUAAAAACUGCAUUUAGAUAAGUACGAGAGCCUAAAAGAUAUCCCUUUUAUUCUAAUAGAGCUCAUUUCAGAAUGCACAAUAUUUGAUAACUAAAGCUUUAAACUGAGAAGGCUUAUGUUAGUAAAAUGUGUGGGAGAUAUUGCUUUUUGAAUAACGGUACCCAUAAUUGGACAUUUGGCCACAAAAUGUUUCUAAUACAGUUGUGUUGUUUCAACAUUAGUGCACAAAAGAGUUCACAUGUGGCUCAGUUGACUGACUUGCACUGAGGAGUAUGUAUCGGUCAGUUUGAAGGGUAAAGAGAUGGCCUCGCAAGUAAAUAAGAGAAGAAUCAAAAAAGCAAAACUGUUACAGAUCAAAGGUAGGUUAAUGGCAAAAAAAAAAAAUCAACUGAGAUUUAUUCAAAAAGCAGGUUUGCAAAGGAAAACUAGAAAGAAGCAAAUGAGCAGGUAGAGUGAGGAGUAGAAAUGGUGUAGAAGUCUUGCAGAUGAGCAGCCAUCAUUUGGUUGGUGAAGUAAAAAGAACCGGUGGAAUAUUAUUCUGUGACUCAGUCUAUGGCCUGAAUGAGCUGCAGCCUCCACAACAGGCGAGAACUGAAUGUGAAACUCAGCAGAGCAACAUCAGGACGGACACAAAGCACCUGCUGUUAUCUGUGCAUUUAAGACCAUUCAGGAAAGAAUUUACUGCAAAUUACUUUCCAGAAAAUAAUACAUAUGAUGGCUUUGUUUGAUUUCAUGUCCAUCAGUUUAAGCAUUUAUGAACCCCUACAUUCCCACAGCUCCUUCUAUGCUGAAGUAAACUCACUCAAAUUUAGGAUGAGACUUAGCACUUUAAUGUACAUCCAUUUUUUAAUUUCAAACUGAAUGUUUAACAGAUAAAUAUCAAACUGCCUAGAGACUGAAUGAGCUGGACUGUUAAUGCAGCCAUUUACCAUCUAAGUGUCCUAUAUACUACAAUUUAGCUUUAAAAAGGAAUAAUUAAGAAUCAUGCCUUCUGAUAACAUUUUCAAGUAUUAUUCUGAUAUUGCAAAAUAACUAGUCAUCUAAUAAAAGUAGAAGAAAAAUCAGUAUUUGCUUUUGAAAGGUAAUAGAAGAGAGGCAUAAAGUUCAAGUGACUUUCCUUCAGUUCUAUCAUUAAACACUUGAACGCCAAUUAUUACCUCGUGAAUGGCCUCUAUUGCUUUCUCAAGAUUUGAAAUGGAGUCAGAAUUUGGCUCAGUCAGUCUCAGGAUGCUCUGGAAUAAAAGAAAACAGAAGUCUUAACUUACAAACCAGAAAUAUACAUUUAGAUGCAUAUAAUCCAAAUCCCAUUAGAAAUUUACCUCCAGUAAAAGUUUAAUACGAGUAAUUCUCUGGAAGGGCAGAACCAGGAACGACUUGAGGGUCUGCCUUUGACACACUGGGUCAUUCUCAAGUUUGUUUAGUGAACACAGGAAGUUUCUGUUGUUCUGCCUUGAAAGAGGAAAAUAUAUUGUUGAACAUGCAUCAUGACAAAUUGGUAGCAAUUAGUACAACUAGUGUUAUUAAGUUCAGUGCAAACUUACAGCUGCUGGUUGACGAGGGCCUCCUGGUACAUCAUGUUGGUCACGUACGGCACAUAGAGGCGGUGAAAAUCUGGGCAGUGUUGCAGCACGAUGUCGCCAACCUGAGAUAUUAAAACACUUUCUCCCAGUCGAGUUUCCAGAUCCAUGAGAAAUCUGAAAGAGUCAGGAGUUAAACUAAAAAUACACAUCAAUACAAGCAGCUUCAAAAUAUUAAAAAAAAAAAGCUACUGUGUCUUGAGCUCUCACUUUUGACUGGCUGCCAUCACGUGCUGAAUGUUGGAGAACAAAACGUGAUGCUCCAUUGAAGACAGAGUCUGCCUCAGCGCCUUUGAUGCAUAGAAAUGAUUGACAGCCACUCUGAGGCUCCUCAGAUAAGAUGCUUCAGAGCCGAUCAACUCAAACAUGGCCUUCAAAAGAAGAAAAUAAGAACAAAAAUUCUUUAUGCAAACUUUAAAAAGCCUUGACUGCAAAUCCCACGAUAAAGCAAAAACAAAACUAACAGCUAUUGCCUGCAUAGUCAACUCCUGAUGUACAGCUCUGUGGAGAAGCAAAGAGGAUGCUUUAAAAAAAAAAAAAAAAAAAAAAAAAAAAAAAAAAAAGGCUGCAUAUAAAGUGCAGCAAACAGAGGAUUCUUUACAACAGCGUGACUUCUCUAGGUGCACAUCCAGUCAGAAUACUUGGCAGGCAGAAUUUGGUUCAUGGUUCUUCUGUGGAUUUAGGUGGUUUCAAAAACUUCUGCCUCUUCAUGUGAACCCAAACUCAGUGGAAAUCAAACCACGUGUUGCAGGAUUUGUAUUUAUUGCUGAAGAUGAGUCUUUAUGAAUGCGAGAGUCUGCGGCAUUUUUAAUGACAUGUAUGACAUGAUUUCAUAAAAGAUUAAACCCAAAGUGACCUUUG